UUUUUUUUUUUUUUUUUUUUUUUUUUUUUUUUUUUCCUUUAAUUGUAGAAUUAAGCCUAAAAAAAACAAAAUGUAUUACAGCCCUAGCAAUAAUAAUAAUAAUAAUACUCAACAUACAGAUAAUAAUAAUACAAAUUCACAGUUUUUCAGUCAAACAUCAUUUAACCCAUCUUCAAUUGAACAAUUACCAACAGAAGUCUUCAAUAACCACUAUUACGAUCCUACUACAUUAUUAAAUGAACCUUUAUUUAAUACCUCUCAAUGGGAUUUUAACAACAAUUCAUCCCAAAAGCAAUUAGACUCACAAGAUGCUAUUCUAUUAACUGAUCCUAAUUUCUUACGUCAACAACAAUUGUUGCAGGAUCAACAAAAAGAAAUGCGCUCUCGUUUGUUACAACAUGAUCAGCCCGAACAAGUUUCGAAUCUGACUGCUCUACUUGAACCCAAUGACCAAGAUAAAGCUAGUCUAUCAUAUCCAUCACAACAAAAGCGUAGUCAAAACCGACGCCAUCAAAUCGUUGGAAAAUCAGAAGAAGCUGACAAUAAAGUGGAUCACCAACGACGAUUUAAUGAACUUCAAGCACGGUUCCGAAUUAAUUAUGCACGUAAAUCGUUAACUCAACAACAAAAGACAAAUACUGCAAAAACAAGUAAAAAUACAACAGAUAUAAAUGAAAAUAAACCAGUUGCUACAAAACCAGAGCCGCCUCCAAAUACUUCUCCUAUCGCAAGCCCAUCUACACCACCUGUCAUCAUUAUGAAUACAAAUAAUCUAGAAGAGUUUCCAAAAGAACACUUGUCUUCUUCAUUUCCUUCACGUACUAUGCCUAUUCAAAUCAAACGUGUAUCUCGUUCUAAUAUUAUGCAACAAAUGGAUCCAGAGUCUUAUCAAAAGCAACUCGAUAGUCAACUGGAUAAGAUUGAUUUUAAUGAUAUCACAGUCUCAGAAUUAAAAGAAUUACUAAGACAAAGAGGUAAACCAGCAACAGGUAAAAAAGCAGUCUUACUACAACGAUUACAAGAGGAACGUGAACUGGCUAAAGGAGGUAGAAGUCCUAGUCGAGUUAUAUCAAACCGUCAUUCACAACCUUUACCAUUUUCACGAUCUCAAAAUGAAUUACCACAGCAGCAAAGACCACGUUCAUUCCAAGCAAGUUCACCAGUUAUUAUCCCUAAUAAUAGCUCUGAACCAGUUGCUGCAUCCUCUGUACCCACUUUUCUAUCACCUGGUUCUCCUAGUGGUCAGCUUCAUAGAUCGAUUGCCAAUAUGCAUAUCGGGUCACCACCUACUGCAACUAGACGGUAUUCACCUUAUUCUCCUAGAUUGAGUAGUAGUAGUAGUAGUAGUUCACCUAAAAUUAAUUAUGAAUAUUCUUCAUCAGUCCCUUUAUCAUCAUCACCCAUUCACCACCAACCUGUUAUAAACAAGACCAAUAACAAUAAUAAUAAUAAUAUUAGUAAUAGUAAUAGUAGUAGUAAUAAUAAUAGUCAUAGUAAUAAUAAUAUGAUGUUGUCAUCGUCUUACUCAGUAACAAGGCCACCAAAUCGGUACUAUAAUAAUCAAAAAUCAUACAAGCCAUUUACGUCUUCUGCUUUAGCUACACCUGAUCGAGAAGAAGAUAUCAAUCCAUUUGAUAGCUAUUAUAGAAACGAUCCGCCUAUCAAAGAAGAAGAAUCUACUGAUACCAAUUUGAAUUUAAAUACAAUAAAUAUGGAUUAUUGGUCAGAUCCAGCUAUACUUGAUUUAAUAUUACAACAAGGCAUGUACUAAGUUGAAGACUUAAAACAUAGAUCUAACAGUAUUUGUAAUAGGUACUCAUAAUAUGAAUACUGCAGAGAUGAUUGGUCAACCUCUCUACAGUGAUGAUAUUGUCUUGACAAAUGAACAAAUUUUGGCUUUAUUAAAUAGCCAACAAUCUUAUAAUUUUAAACUAGACGAUAGCUACCUAAAUACACACCAACAUAACAGUACUAGUUAAUAUCCCCACCCCACCCCUUUAUAAUAAUAAUAGAUAAAAUAGCCAAUAAGAUUUCCUUUUUUUUUUUAAUGAUGAUGUUUUUAAUCCGAAAAAAAAAAAUCCUUUUAACUUAUCAUUAUC